CGUAGCUACAUAAUUCUGGAUCUGGGUGAUCAGGUUUGUGAACUUUGCCCUUUAGCCCUCGAUUGGAUUGACCUGUGAUUUUUUUUACGACUGUCGGCCAUUUUGAAAUGUGCGAGGGAUGUCAUUUCUCUCUCCAAUCUGAGGUGAUUUCCAGCUUACUUCGACUCUAAACCUACUCUGGGCAGUUUUGGAAGACAGAUCACAGAACCGACAUAUUCGUUGUAUUAUGGACCGGAUAAGCUGUGAGAUUCCUUUGGACAAGCUGCCAACAGUACACCCUGGGAACGAGACAAGCAACAGUGAGAAUCCGGCAACAGACACGGGAGGACAGCAGGACAAGGAGGAUGACGUUCUAUCGGAGGAAACGUACGGGGUGAACUCUGUCCAUCCUCCCGUACAGAGUCAAACAGGGCAAUCGGACCGGCCUGUGGUGAAAGAUUGUGAGGAGAUGGACCUGCGCAGAUUCUACUGGGCUGUGCAGGAAGGUGAAGUGCAGACUGUGAGGAGGGGGCUGGACGCUGGGGUGGACGUCAAGGCCAAGAGGACAUGGGGCGGAUUGUCUGACCUGACAUCCCUGCGAGUGGCCAGCCAGUCUGGGCGAACUCAAGUGGCGAAAUUGUUGAUCUUACGUGGCGCCGACUUGGAGGCGAGGGAUGGUGUAGACCAGAACACAUCCCUCCACGAGGCUGCUGGCGGAGGCCACACCGGAAUUUGUGAGCUUCUGAUUCGUCAUGGGGCAGACGUGACAGCCAGAAAUAAGGUCCAGAACACACCCCUGCAUCGGGCUGCUGGCAUGGGCCACACCAGAACCUGUGACAUUCUGAUUCGUCAUGGGGCAGAUGUGAUGGCUAGGGGUGAGGGCCAGAAUACACCCCUACAUCGGGCUGCUCUAGUGGGCCACUCCCGAUCCUGUGAGCUUCUGAUUCGUCACGGAGCAGAUGUGAUGGCCAGGGAUGAGGUCCAGAACACACCCCUGCAUCGGGCUGCUGGCCGGGGAGACCCAGAAACUUGUGAGCUUCUCAUUCUUCAUGGGGCAGACGUGAUGGCCAAGAAUAAAAAUGGACGGAUACCAUUUGAUCUAGCAAAAGGCGAGAAGACUCGACGUACCUUGAAGAAUCAGGAAGAGAAAGUGAAUCAAGAGAAGUUGUAUCAUGAGUUGCUGCAGAAGUCUGGCGGAGUAAAGACCGACAGGUGUAAGGUGUUCGUGUUUGGGAAGGGGAAAGCGGGAAAGUCCACGCUGAAGAUAAGUCUUCAAAGGGUAAGUAGCAACUUUAUCUGA